AUGGUGAUCUCGCCUCACUGUCUGAACCCUUCUAUAAAGUCUGAUGCUCUCCUGCAUCUUUAGUUAAUGAAAAACUGCUGAGUGAAUUGCACAUUUGUGGAGCGAAAGAUGAAGCUAACCAAGGCACAGUAUGAAGAGAUUGCUGGUUUCAUCAGCACAUUGAAGCCCACGCGGCAGUGUAUGAAGAAGCUGAAGGAGAGGUUUCCCCAUCUAUCACAGUCUACUUUGCUGAGCAUCUUCUCCCAGGAGUACCAGAAGCUGAUCAAAAGGACUCAUGCAAGGCAUCAUGAUCCAGACACACUGGAAUUUUACUACAGAUGGUACUUGCACGACAUCGAGGCAGACCCAACAGUACCGGUCCUACUCAACCUAGCUUAUGAGGUGGGUUUUUCUCCAGCUCUCAUUGCACGCAUGGUUUUGGAGAGAUUCCUUCAAGACCAGGAUGGGCAGCCACACACAAAACAUGUCCUGAAUAGCAUGCUGCGUGAGCCAUCAUUAAUCCCAGAUGCUAUCCUUGCCAACCAGGUACAACAGUGCAUUAUUAAUGACUGUUGUAAUGGACCUUUAGUGGAUUGCAUCAAACAUGCUAUUGGCCAUGAACAUGAAGUGCUUCUAAGAGAAAAACUGAUGGAGAAGAAUCUAGGAUUUUUAGAUGAAGACCAGCUGCGUCUGAAGGGUUAUGAUAAAACUCCAGACUUUAUUCUGGAAGUGCCGGCAGCUGUGGAUGGACAGGUUAUAAACUGGAUUGAAAGUAAAGCCUCCUUUGGCAAUGAGAGCAGUCACUGUAUGUAUCUACAGGAGCAAUUCUGGAGCUACUGGAACAGAUUUGGGCCUGGCCUAGUGAUUUACUGGUAUGGAUUCAUUGAGGAGCUGGACUGUAACCAGGAGCGCGGCAUUCUAUUGAAGGACACAUUUCCCACCGAUAUUGUAACGCUGAGUAGCUGA